CUGAGCUCAGAAACACAUCAAACGUUAAAUAUCAUUGAUAAAGGUUGCAAUUCCUUUUGGUAGUAUUGAUGGGAUCAUCGGUGUCCAAUUAAACAUUGACUAACUGUCCGAAACCCUUCCUCAUUUCUGCUCUCUAGAAAAAUGAUGGAUUCGGGUCAGCUGGACUUCUAUGAGCACAACACGCUGUGCACCAACACGUGUCGCAGCACCAAGUUCGACCUUCUGAUCAACAACACACGCUUCCCCCCCGACGGCACAGGCACCUCCUCUCAGGCUCAGUUGGUUCUGGGUAACGGCAGCACGGCGGGCGAGGACAGAGCCGAGACUCUGAGUGCCAAGAUGGACUGGAUCACCAGUUCAAUGGAGGCUGCAGAGAAGAAGGAGACCAGCGAGAUCUCAGAGGACACGCUGAACUUCUGGAAGGGCAUCGCUGAUGUGGGUCUGCUGGGAGAGGUAGUGACCAACAUCAGCACGGAGCUGCAGGAGCUGUUGAACGGGGUGAAGCAGCGCAGGGAGCCGGUGACCCUACAGGACACAGGUACACAGCAUCACGCACUAGGGCUUUCAAAGAUAACGCAAAUACCUUAAAGGUCACCUAUUAUGCAAAAUCCACUUCUUCAUGUCUCCUCUACAUCAACAU